AUGAAAACGGCAGUCGCUGGCAGCGGGUGGGCAGCUAUUUUUAUACACAUUACACCGCUGCUCUAGUCGGGAACAAUUCAAAGGCAAUCGCACACGUGUAUACGGCUAUUGCGAAUUGUAAAUAAAAUAAAAAUAAAUAAAAAAAACAGAGUGUAAAAAUCAAAAACAGCGCAAUAGAAAUUGAAAAGUAAAAAAACAAAAACAACGCAGAAAAAAACGGGCGACGUUUAGUUGCUGUCAACGCGCAUAAUCGUAGCCAUCGCACACGGACAGCACACACACAGCCAGACAGUCUGUGUAUAUAACUGUGUCGUGUGUACGAGAGCUAGAUUGAGAGGGAUUGGGCAGAGCAGCAUAGACAGAAUUUUACAGACUUCACAAACGUCAUUUAAAUACAAAGAAGAAGAAAUUUACAGUUAUGCGUGUGCGAGAUAAACGUAAACAGCACAAGGAGCACAAAUCGACGAAAAGCGGCGAUAAAGAAAAGGCAACGGAUGCCGCAGCAAAGCAAAGCACGCCAAAUAAAACAACAAGUGGAACAACAACAACAACAACAACAACAGCUGUUGGCAGACAACCACAUCAACCAACUUUGGCAGCAACGGAAAAAGUUGCCUUCGACAAUCGCAUCAAGCGCAAAAAUGUUUUGGCUUUAAAUGAGAAAGUGGCUGCUUUGAGGGAAUACGAUCGGCAGCCGGUCUACAAACAUGUUGGUCGCUUGUUCAACUGCAGUCCGGAUCAGAUCAAGCGCAUUGUGCUGCAGAAGAAGGAGAUUCUGAGUGCGUGGGAGCAGAGGACACGUCGCUGCCAGGAUGCCAAGACGCAGGAGUUCAAAGUGGUGCGUGUGUCCAUGUUGGGCAAGGCGGUCUACGAUUGGAUUAGGCGCAUGAUGUACUACAAGGACUUCAUCAUCACCGACGGCCUAAUCCAGAAGAUGGCAUUGCAGUUCAAGAAUCUGAUGGGUCUGAAUCACUUCUUUCCGCAUCAGGAGUGGUGCGACAAGUUUCGCUCCACCUACAGCAUCCAUCACAAUGACACUAAGCUGUUAAGCUUUGGCUACGAGGACAGUCAUUCGGUGCAGAUCGGUGACAUUGCCAAGGAUAUUAUGUUGGGCUGCUCUCGAGCGGAAACAGCUGCAGCGGAAGAUUCUGCCGGCGAUCAGGCAGAGAUUGAUCUCAACGAGGAUGAUCUCGAUGGGGUUGGCGAUGGCAAUGUCAGCCUGACCAACACAAGCAACAGCAGCAGCAGUCAAACUGGGAUUGAGGAUGAGGAUGAUGCCGAUGUGGAUGUGGAUGGCAGUGGGGAUGUCUCUGAUACCGAGCCGGAUGUGAAGCCCACACUCAACGAGUUGAAUGCACGCGUCUUGCAACCUCUGCCGUUGCCACAGUUGGUGCGUCUGCCACAAGUGCCGCCGGGCACCUCACGCAAGGUGCUGCUGGCCACACCAAUUCUGCCGCCUGGCACGCCACCUGGCGGUGCUCAGACCAUGACCAUAAUACCGCUGGCAACGCUAGCGCAGAGCAUAACCCAAAGACCGGGGCUGCAGCCGAAGCCGCUGCCCAUGCUGGACAUAAAGCAGGAGAUCAAAACGGAGCCAGAGGAGGAGCAGGCUGGGGAGGAGGAGCAGCGGCAGGUAGAGGAGGACGAGCAGGAGCAGCCUCAAGCACAGUUGGAGGCGACGCCGGAACAGGAGGAGCAGAUGUCCAGGGAGCAACAGCCAGCUACUGUUGAGCAGCCUGCAGUGACCAUUAAACAGGAGUUGGACAGCGAAGGGGAGCUUCUCGAUGGGGAUGAUUUCGAUGACGAUGACAAUGGCGGGCGUUCGAGUGUCACAUCCCUGGCGGAGAUCCUGGCCGCCAAUGUGGACGAUGAGAAACAGUAUAUCGAGCAGACGCGCGCCUUGCGCCAACUGAAACGGAGUCUCAGCCCAAGUCCGACCAAUGCCACGCCCCCAACUCUGUUGCCGCCCAUGCCGACGCUGACAAAGGCGCCGCAGUCGCAGCCGGUGACAGCAAAACGUCAGCGGCAACACGAUGACAACAACAACAAUGGUACGGGUGUGGGAGAGGGGGGAGUUGGUGGAGUCACCGGCCUGCAAUCGAUAAUCAGCUGUGCCGAGGCACGUCAGUACCUGAAGCAACUGGAGGAGUUUGCCCUGUCUAAGGAAAACUAUCGACUGAUUGAAUUAAUAACGCGAGCCGAUGAAGUCAUGCGAGAACUGGCCGAUGAAUAGAAUUGAUUGCCAUCUGCUAUUCUUAAUUAAGUUUGUAGCUAACCACCCCUCCUCCCCACUCCAUCUCGAAGAUGCAAUCAAUCAUAGAAUAUCUAUAUUUUUAAUUUGUACUCUAAAUGUUUUUAAAUAUUUAAUUUGUACCAUGUACCAAAAUACAAACCAAAUUUAGUAAACUA